CCCAUACUAAAGCUCCAAUCCCACUGCGCCAUUAUAUACAUACACAUAUACAUACACACAUACAUACACUUCUCAAAUACUGCUAUAGUUCCUUUUGAUUGGUGUAGUUCUGAAAUAUCUGGAUCAAAAUCCACUCAAUUUUCAGCUGAAUUGAGAUGUGUUCUCUGCAGUUGUCGAAUUGCAGAGGCUUCAAUCACCAGUCGACUUUCGCCGCCGGCUUCCCUUCGGCUGAGAAGAAGCUGCGGAGGAGCAAUUUUGCAAUCCGCUCCUCGUUUUGGGGGGGCGGAGGUUUGAAUUUGUACGACGGAAAAGGCGGCGAGAAGAGGCAACGGUCAAAUGGAAGAGAUCCUAGGGUUUUUGCGAUGUCCUCCUCCACCGAAUUCAAGAUGAAUUUGAAUGAGUACAUGGUGACGCUUGAUAAACCCCUGGGCAUCCGCUUCGCCCUCUCUCUCGACGGAAAAGUUUUCGUGCAUGCGCUUCGAAAAGGGGGUAAUGCUGAGAAAUCGAGGAUAAUUAUGGUGGGCGAUACUUUGAAGAAGGCAAGUGAAUCAUCCGAUGGGAAGCUUAUUGAGAUCAAGGAUUUCGGCGAUACAGAGACUUUUACAAAGGAGAAAUCGGGUUCUUGUAGCCUUGUACUUGAGAGACCCUUCUCCCCUUUUCCGAUCCAUCAACUCUUUCUCCUUAAUGAUCUCGACAUUUUAUUUAAUCGAGGUCGUGUUCCAGUGACCACUUGGAACAAAACUAUACGAGCAUCAAAUUUGGGGGCGUCAGCUGAGAGCAGUGGAAACUGUGGGUUUGCUGUGUUUUGCCCCAAAUUUUUAAAUUCACGAGGGUGGAAGUAUUUAAAUGAUGAGAGCAAGAAUGAGAAACCACAAAUGGCUAAGAACAGCCCUGAUCUACCUUUUAGUCCUUUAGUAGCUAUUUUCACAGCGGAAGUGUCUGAAGAUGCCGAAUGGGCACAUGGGAGCUUCCCAUUGGAAGAGUAUGUCAAGGCAUUGGAACGUUCAAAAGGAGAGCUCUAUUAUGAUCACUCUCUUGGUAUGCGCUAUAGUAAGAUUACGGAACAAAUUCACGUUGGCUCAUGUAUUCAAACAGAAGAAGAUGUGGAGAUUUUGUCUACCACUGCGGGAGUCACUGCUGUCCUCAAUUUCCAGAGUGCGUCUGAAGCUGCGAACUGGGAAAUUGAUUCAAAUUCGAUAAACGAAGCAUGCCAAAAGUCUAAUAUCCUUAUGAUUAGCUAUCCAAUAAGGGAUGGAGAUUCUUUUGACAUCAGAAAGAAAUUGCCAUUCUGUGUGGGUGUUCUGCUACGUUUACUUAAGAAGAAUCAUCGUGUUUACGUCACUUGCACAACAGGGUUUGAUCGAUCCCCUGCUUGUGUUAUCGCAUACCUUCACUGGAUGACAGAUACUUCCCUUCAUGCAGCCUACAAUUUCGUUACUGGGUUGCAUUCAUGCAAACCUGACAGACCAGCAAUUGCUUGGGCAACAUGGGAUCUCAUAGCCAUGGUUGAAAGUGGCAACCCUGAUGGACCUUCGACGCAUGCAGUCACAUUUGUAUGGAAUGGGCAUGAGGGAGAAGAUGUGGCUCUGGUGGGCGAUUUUACCGGGAACUGGAAAGAGCCAAUCAAGGCAGUCCAUAAGGGUGGACCAAGAUAUGAAGUUGAAAUCAGACUUCCACAGGGAAAGUACUACUACAAAUAUAUAACUAAUGGGGACUGGAGGCAUUCAACAGCUUCACCAAUCGAAAGAGAUGACAGUGGGAAUGUCAAUAAUGUGAUUGUAGUGGGCGAUAUUGCCAGCGUGAAACCUUCCGUUCAACAACAAAAGAAGGAUGCAAACAUUAUAAAGGUCAUUGAGAGGCCAUUGACCGAAAAUGAACGCUUUAUGUUAGCAAAAGCAGCUCGAUGUGUUGCUUUCGGUGUCUGUCCAAUAAAGCUGGCCCCGAAAUGAUGACAGCCUUUCAUUGAUUAGUCGAGAAAAUCAACAUCUGGAAAUUGUUCAAGGGAAGUUUUUUUCAUCUACCCUGCUCGUUUUUCUGGAUCGUGGCUUUUACAUCCUUUAUUUGCAAUGCGCAUAUAUAGGCUCUAUAUUUGAGAAUGUGAGUGCGUGAAGAGAUAUGGAGUGGCCUGUUCACUAUGCAAGAGCCUAGUCGUAUUCGAUUUAUCCCACGAAGUUCGUCAACUUCAGUAUCGAAAGAGCCUAGUCGUAUUUAAUGUAUUAAAGCAAUAAGUUUAUAGAGAGUCCUAUUUGAUGUAUUGAAAAAAUAAACUUUGUGUUGUACAAAGAACACUCCGCAUAUCAGAAUCAAGACUUAUGGCGAUGAAAGACAACGUACGUGAUCCCGAAUUGGUGUGCUCAAUUCGGGACUCUUACGAUCUAUUACUUAUAAGUUACGAGGUGCUCGGAAAUAGAAACAUAUAUUUAUUGUUGAAUGUAAUUUUCUGUUAUAUAGCUGGUGUGGUGCAAAAUCCUAUCCUUC